AUGUUGUCGGCCAAAAUCGGGUUUUUCCGGCGGAAGAACCGUCGGGCAAAAUCAGAUUUGCAACGAAAUCAAAUUUUUCCGAUGUUCCAAAACAAAAUUCGUCAUAAGAAGAGGUCACUUAACAAUCAUACUUUUGAUAACGUUAAUUCUGCAGAUAAUAGAGACAACCACAUUAGAAAGACACUGAAGAAUCAAAACCUCAGAAGAAGGGCUUAUUCCUCACAGAUUUUCUAUGAUCAAGCUAUUAUCGUUGCAGAUAAAAGCAUAAUCAAGAUGGUAAAUCAAAAUGAACUGAUUAAUAAUUUUUUAUCAAGUAAUGAUAAUCAAAGGGAUUCCAAUGAUCUGAAACAAUCCCAUUUGGAUAACGAAAAUGGCAACAGUCAGAAUAAUAACAAUAAUAAUAAUCAUAACCAUAACCAAUCCAAUAAGAAUACUUCAGGUGAUUAUAACUUGAAUGGUACCAAUGGCAUGAGAGAUGAUAAUUUUGAUAUUGAAAGACAGGGUCCUCCACAACGGUUCCCAACAUCAAACCCAAAUUCUUCUCUACCAUCUGCCUCUUAUAUUCCACAGUAUACAGUUAUAGAUAAUAGAAUUCCGUUUGCUAUUCAAGAAGUGGUUCCAAACACUCAGGUUGCAAUGACCACAGGACUAGAAGCUACUAACCUUAAUGAUUCAACGGCUCCUGGGUUAAGGGCAAGAGCUCCUACUGUGUCGGCCAAUGUUCUUAAUGUUGGAGAUUUCUACGAAAAUAAUAAUAACAUUAUUAAUGGUAAUUUUAAUGAUAUGAGAAGUAAUAAUAAUAAUAACACUAUUAAUAACGAAAGUCGUACCAAUAAUAUUGAUGGUAAGAAUAGUUUUCAUGAAAGCAUGGAAGGUGGUAUGGAUGAACCGAUGAAUGUACCAUUAAUGGUUAAACCAAAGACAUUAUAUCAAAAUCCACAAACACCUACUGUCUUACCAUCAACAUAUCAUCCAAUUAAUAAGUGGUCUUCUAUUAAGCAGUCUUAUAUUAAAGAAUUUUUGGCUGAAUUUCUAGGAACCUUGGUGAUGGUUUUACUUGGUGAUGCAGUAUGCUGCCAAGUUAAUUUGGGUGGUGCAACUCAACAAUUGAAAUACGUUCAAGCUUUAAAUAAUAUGAAAGGUACAGUCAGUGAUGAUACUUUGGAACUGGCAAAGACAUUGCAAGAUAUUGUUUCCUCUGUUUCAGCCGGUACAUUCGAUGAUAUUCCAUUAGGUUGGGCUGCAGCCGUUGUUAUGGGAUAUUUCUGUUCAGGUGGGAGUGCUAUAUCUGGUGCCCAUUUAAACCCAUCAGUCACAAUUAGUAACUGGGUUUUCCGUGGAUUCCCGGCAAAGAAAGUACCACUGUAUCUAGCAGGUCAGGUGUUAGGUGGUUUUGCAGGCGGAUUGAUUUGUUUUAUUUUUUACAAAAGAGUCAUCACUGAAAUAUAUCCAAACACUUGGCGUACUAGUGCAGCUGUAGCUAACAAUUUUGUUACUUUUCCUAAACCAUAUUUAUCUUCUGCACGUCAAUUUGUUUCUGAAUAUAUAGCCACUGCGAUAUUCCAGGCUUGUAUUUUUGCAAUGACUGAUCCUUAUACAUGUUUAUCUACAGAAGUUUUCCCUCUGAUGUUAUUUUUCUUAAUUUUUAGUUUAAAUGCUUCUGUAGGUUUUACCACUGGUUGUGCGCUUAAUUUGGCGCGUGAUUUAGGUCCAAGAUUAGCAUUAUACGCGGUUGGUUUUGAUAGAAAAUUGUUAUGGAUUCAGCAUAAACAUUAUUUCUGGGUUCCAAUGACAGCACCAAUCAUUGGAGCAUUAACUGGUUCUUUAAUCUAUGAUAUAUGUAUUUAUCAAGGUCACGAAUCUCCUGUUAACUGGCCAUUUACAGUUUAUAAAGAGAAAUUGUUAAGAUUAUGGAUGAGAAGACCAGGAUGGGCAACACGUACUAGAAACAGAGCUACUUCCGAUUUAAGUGAGUUUUCAUAUCAUGAUGAUGAUGAAGAUGACGAGUAUGGAAGUGAACAAAAUUCAAAGGGUGAUUAUGAUUCUAAAAAUAGUGGUAAUGGUGGGAUUCUUAAAAAAACAAGAGGGAAGGUUAAGACAAAGACCAAGAGUCAAAGUUCCGAUGAUGAAUUUGAUGAGGAUUAUGUUCAGAAAAAUGUUACCUUUAAGUCUGUGUUAAAAGAUAAGAGAGGUUAUGGUGGAAUAUCAACUAUAUAUGAAGAAGAGGAUGGCAGCGAUAGUAGUUCAUCAUUUGAUAACGAUGAUGAUGAUAACGAUGAUGAUGGUAUACCAAUGAUUGGAGAAAAUGGAGAAUCAACGGUGUCUUCGUCUGAUUCAUCAUCCCUACCUAGAUUUACAACAAGAAAUGGUUAA